GCGCAUGUCUGAUCUUAAGAUUGUAGUGAACCAAAUAAGCCCAGUCAUUGCGAGAUUAAUUAAUAUGUCAGUAAAACAACAUAUAUUUCCAAACAAGUUAAAAGAAGCAAUAGUUAGACCAGUUUUCAAAAAAGGAACCCGUAAUAAUUAUUCUAAUUACAGACCCAUUGCUAUUUUAUCUAGUGUAGACAAAAUUAUAGAAAAAUGUAUUAUUAAUCAACUCAGUAAUUAUCUUCAAAAAAACAGUAUAUUAAAUUCAUGUCAACACGGAUUUCAAAAAGGAAAAAGUACAAAUACAUUAUUAUCUAACUUUACAAACGAAAUAAAUGCACACCUUAAUAAUAAAAACUUUGUUGUAACAGUGUUAUUCGAUUUUAAAAAGGCGUUUGACACUUUAGAAACUAACACCCUUUUAAACGCAAUGGAGGAGUGCGGGGUCGUAGAACCCCUUAACAAUUGGUUCCGUGACUACCUUACAUCACGCUCUUUUAAAGUCCGAAUAGAAGACACUUUCAGUGAUGGGAAAGCGGUUCUGUGCGGAGUCCCUCAAGGUUCUGGCUGCGGGCCUGUGUGCUAUCUUAUGCACGUAAACAGUCUAUGUGGUGUACUGAAACAUUGCUCAGCACACAUGUUCGCAGACGACCUGUGUGCCAUGCGCGCGGGUACGGACCUCGCGGAGACCUGCCGGCUCGUACAGACUGAUAUAGAUGCAGUAGUCAAAUGGUCACAUGACAAUGGAAUAGUCUUAAAUACUGAUAAAACUAAGCUUUUAAUCGUACACUCACCAUACCUACCUCUCAGUCAAACAUAUUCCAUGUUCACCCACACUUUUGAAUGCAUCCAUAAUCAAUUUAAAACUUGUAUUUGUAAACCGAUUGAACGCGUGAAAACUGUUACAUAUCUGGGCAUGAGGGUGGAUGAACAUUUUUCUUGGACUACACAUAUAGACUAUAUAUAUGAUAAAUUAAAAGUAUUGUUAGGUAAAUUCUAUCACCUAAGUUACAAAGUUCCUAUAAAGACUUUAAAAUGUCUGUACAUGGCCCUUGUUGAUUCUAUUCUUAGUUAUUCUCUGGAUUGUUAUGGACUUACUACUAAAACUAACUUAAACAAAUUGGAAAAUAUGCAAAUUAGAUUUUUAAAACUCUUAGUCAGUAAAAAGAUAAAAGAUAAAUAUAAACAUAACUAUAGAAUGCUAUUUAAAUUUUGUAAUAUCCUUCCAGUCAGCCUUAAGCACAAAUAUCUUCUUGCUGUAAACAACCAUAGCUCUAUUUCUUCUCUAAUUCUUUUAAAUACCAAUCAUACAACAAGGUCAGUGACCUCAGGAAAAUAUGAAGUACCUAGAGUCAAUAAUUAUUUUGGAGAUCGAACCUUAGAUAAACGUUUACCAUAUUUUCUCAAUAGUUUACCAGAAUACAUACGAACAGAAGCAAAUAUCCACAAAUCUAAAAGAUUAUUAAGAAAACACCUUCUUCAGUCAUUAGAAUGCUAA